AUGGCCGGGCCCGCCCCACGUGCCGGGGCCCACAAAGGGGCGCCGGGCGGCCGGCCCCGCGCGCGCUCCCCGGCCGGGGCGGGGGCCGCGGCGCGCUCGCCAAGGGCGGCGGGCGGCGGCGGCCCGUCCGCGGGGCCUGGCGCCGCGCCGCGGCGGAACCGGGGAGGCCGGGAGGCCGGGCGGAGGCCGGGGCCGGGCCGCGCCGCCCCGAUCGCGCGCGCCACCCGCCGCGCCGGGCCCGCCGCGCCCGCGUCCCGGCGCCGGCCUGCGGCCUCCGCCCGGGGGGAAGGGGAGAGCCCGCGCAACCGCCGCCGCCCGCCCCGGAGCCCCGGCCCCCGCGCCCCCGCGGCCCCCGGCCCCGCGCCCCCGCGGCCCCCGCGCCCCCGGCCCGGGCUGGAAAGAUGGCGGAAGCGCAAUUCAAAUGCCCGGAGACGCAGCCGACGCCGGCGCGCGCCGGGGGAGGGCGGGGCAACGGCGCCGCGCCGCCCCCACGUGGCCCGGCGCGCGCGCGCACGCACGCCGCGGGCUCGGGCGGCCACACCCGUCGGCCUGGCGCGGAGGGAAAGACCCGCGGGCCGGCGGGCGCGGGCGGGCGCAGGACGCAGGGCGGGCGCGCGCACGCACGCCGGCCCGCGGGGCCACGUGCACCGGCCCGGAGGGCGGGUUCCCGCGCGCGCAUGCGCUGACGGCGACGCGGCGCGCCCUGCUGCGGCCGCGCCGCGGAACUGGGAGGAGAGGGCAGGCCCCUUGGGCGGGAAACUCGCGGGGAGCGGCCCACACAAAGCCUCUGGGCCUCCCGGGCCGGGAGCUCGCCGUGCGAACGCGGUACAGCGGGCCCCGGGCGGGCCCCCUGUCGGGUGCGGGCCACGCCUGCGCCCCAGGCCGCCUCCACAUCCCGCCGUCCACGCCGCCCACGCCCCGGCCCUGCGCCCCUGGCUCCUUUUCUCUCUCGCCGCAACCCCGGCCCUUCCUCCCGCAUCCUCCUCCCUGAGCCCCACCUCCCCGAGGCCCCGUCACCCGCUGGGCCCUUUCCCUGCCCCCCACCCCCCCGCCUGCCCCCUUCCGCCCUCGCCGCACCCCCAUUCCUUCCAAAGCCCAUUCCUCGGAGGCCACGCUAGGCCCCCAGCCCCGGGCCCCUUCCGCCCUCGCCGCACCCCCGGUCCCUUCCUCCCACGCCCCCGUUCCCGAGCUCACUCUAGGUCCCCCUUCCCUGCGCCCCCAGCCCCAGGCGCCUCUCAUUCAGUGCCCCCUUCUCCCUCUGACCUCGACUGCCGGCACCUUCCCUGUAGUUCUGGUCCCACCCCCUCGCCCCCCUUGUCCCUGGCCUCAACCAGAACCUACUUGGGGUAG